AUCGUUCCUUUCACCGUCUCUCCCCACCUUUCCCUCCCUCCCAGAUCUCCCCACCCGCCUCUCCCUCGCUCCCCACCCCGCGCUGCAAUGGCCGACGAGCCCCUCGACGCGUCGCCGGCGCCCGCGGCCCCCGCCGCGGCGUCGGACCCCGCCCCCGCCCCCUCCCCCGCGCCGGCCGCAGCCCCCGCAGCCGCGCCCGCGGCGACCGCGUCCCUGGUCCUCCGGCCGCGGCGGGAGUCGUUCGAGCACGGGCUCCUGCCGAUCCCCAAGCUGGUCUUCCCGGAGGGCACGCUCACGCAAACCCUAGCGCAGCUCAAGGCGAAGCUCGCGGCGCCGGGGCCCGGGCGCGUGGGCGCCGCGGCGCUCGCGGAGGCGCUGCAGAUCCCCGCCGACCAGGCCGCGCUCGCGCUCGCGACGCUCGCCGCGGUGCUCCCCGGCGACGACGACGGCCCCGCCGCGGACGGCGCAUGGGAGGCCGACCUCCGCGACGUGCUCCUCUUCCUCUACAUCCAGUCCUACAAGCGCCUCGUGCCGCGCGCCCACAAGGACUCGCCGUCCGUCGCCGACGUCUGGCCAUCCACCUCCGCCUUCGACGGCUACCUCUCCGCGCUCUCCCCGAUCCAGCUUGUACGCAGUAAUAGCCGUCGGUUUAUGCCUUCGCAAGCAGAUGAAGAAGCUCAUCAGUUAUCUUAUUUACAAAAGCAUAUGGCCAAUGUUUUAACUCUUUUGGCAGAUUCUGUUGAUGGAGAGGGUGAUGAAUCUAUGGUACUGACAAUGGAGACUUUUGAGCACCUUGGAUUCUUGUUGCAGUUCUCCGAAGGAACUCCUUUAAGCCAAGCUGCUCCAUUUUUUGCGAAUUCUGAUCUAGACAUGCCUGCUGCUCCUGUUCCGGCUACUCAAGUUCAUGACUGGAUUCUGCAGAAUAUAGCUUCUUCCUUGGAAUAUACUGCAGAAAAAGCUAUAACCAAGGAAAACAAUCAACGGAGUGUAUCUGAUCCUGAUGUGGCAAUGGCUGAUGCUGUCACAAAUACAAGAAUCCAGAGCAGCUCAUCAACUGGUGCUUCUGUGCAAAACAAUCCUGGAUACUACCGAAAUACAUCUUUUGUGGAGGGUAUCUCCAAAACUUCUGUUGUCAAACACGGGUCUGAUAUUAAAGGGCAUUCAAUAAAGGUUUUGAACUGCCAUGAUUCUGUUAUCUACAUCCUAGCCCCUCUCAAAUAUGCUACGGUGUAUGGAUGUUCGGACACAACUGUUGUUCUUGGUGCUAUUGGCAAGGUGGUAAAAGUUGAGCAUUGUGAACGUGUGCAAAUAGUUGCGGCUUCUAAAAGAAUUUUUAUUGCCAAUUGUCGAGAAUGUAUCUUCUACUUGGGAGUAAAUCACCAACCACUUAUUGUGGGGGACAACCAUAAAUUACAAGUUGCUCCAUUUAAUACUUAUUAUCCACAACUUGGGGAGCAUUUGGCACAAGUUGGUGUGGACCCUAACGUCAACAAGUGGGAUCAACCUUUUGUGCUGGGAGUUGUUGAUCCACAUGAUUCAUUAUCUCAUCCUGCAGGGGUUUCUGAUGUCCAAGCCGAGUCUGCCACUUGUCUAGAUCCUGAUCUAUUCACAGACUUCAUGAUUCCUAGUUGGUUUGAGGCAGAAGGUUCUACCAAAUACAAUCCAUUUACGUUACCUGAAGUUUACUGGGCAUCACAGAGGAAAAAGAAUGCUUCUCUGGAAGACAUUCAAAAGAAUAUACGAGAGCUGGAGCUUGAUGAUAACCGGAAAAAAGAAUUGGCAUGUGCCCUUCAUGCUCAAUUCAAGGACUGGCUAUAUGCUUCAGGAAAUAUCCGCCAGCUUUACUGUUUGCAAGGCGAAUAAGCAUAUAUGAUCUUCAUCCGUAAGUGCUUAGGCGCACCUGUGAAGAUUGUGCAUCCUUUGCCCGGUCCCCUUCCAUAGUCCAGUCCUGUCCAUCCGACCGCAUCAUCCACGCUGACUUCUUGUCGACUGAGCUGAUUCAACCAUGUAGUGUUUGUCAAUGUAAAAGGAAUAAUGUACUGCCCAUUUUGUCUAUUAAUUUUGAUCGGCUUCCCCUUGUGUUGGUUGUGGUUGGUGCAAGGAUCCAAAUGGGGGUUUGGUAGUUUCAUAUUUAUAUCCUUUGUAACAUAUACGACCAUGAAAGCAGUUACUCGAUUCUUUAGUGGAAAUAAACAUUUUUUUGCUCA